AUGUCAUUCUGGCAGUAUCAAGUUCAUCAAGAACAAUCAUUUCAACAUGCUGUAUAUCGCAAUGUUAACGAGAAAAAUGCUCAGCUGCAAAAGCAGUUAGACAAUGUUAUUAGAGAAGCCAAUGGAGAAAUCAGCCUUCUCAACAACAAGAUUGCCGAUCUCGAGCGAGACUUGGAGCUCGAGCGUCGGAAAAUGGCUGGCCUGCAAGACUCUAUCAAGGAGCGCGACAAAGAGUAUCAGAAAUUGAAGACGCAUUAUGACAAGAUCAAGAGGAAGGCACUUCUGGCACCCGGCCUUGUUGGCAACGAGAACACAGGCUUGAUGGCUGGAGCUGAUGGCCACCCUGCAGAUAGAGUCGGGUUGAACGAGCAACAGAACAAGCACAGAUCAGGAAUGGCAUUUGGCGCAACGGUUGACAUGGGAGCCGUAGUCGGAGACAUGGAAGCCAACGGGAUCCAGCGCACGCCGAUUGUAAAUCGUACGCUUGGGGCCACAGGUUCAGAUCACUCCAACAGUGCAGGGGAAGUCGAGAGGUUGCUGGCUCCUGCCGCUCAGCACUCCAUGCGCACAAGUGACCGUUCAUGCUUUCGCACAACCAACGAGACGUACCAGUGGAACUUUUAA